AUGGCUCCGGCAACGAUUAUCUGUGUUGGAAUGGCUGGUUCUGGAAAAACUACGUUUCUCCAGCGUCUGAAUUCCCAUCUACAUACAAAGAAAGAGGCUCCCUAUGUUAUCAACCUUGAUCCGGCCGUUUUGAAAGUCCCUUUCGGGUGUAACAUUGAUAUCAGAGAUUCUGUUAAGUACAAGAAAGUGAUGGAGAACUACAAUUUGGGUCCCAACGGAGCUAUUGUCACGUCACUCAACCUGUUCUCCACUAAAAUUGACCAGGUGAUCGGCUUGGUCGACAAGAAAUCAGACAAGUUUAAGCACUGUAUUGUGGAUACUCCAGGGCAAAUCGAGUGUUUCAUCUGGUCUGCCUCUGGUGCCAUCAUCACUGAGGCGUUCGCGUCCACCUUCCCAACCGUCAUAGCAUACAUCAUAGAUACUCCAAGAAGCUCGUCUCCAACAACGUUUAUUUCCAACAUGCUUUAUGCGUGCUCGAUCUUGUACAAGACCAAGUUGCCAAUGAUUGUCGUGUUCAACAAGACCGAUGUCAGAGACGCAGACUUUGCCAAGGAAUGGAUGACAGACUUUGAGGCUUUCCAGAAUGCUCUGAGAACCAACAGCGAAUUGAACGAUGAGACCAGCAACGGAUCUGGCUACAUGGCCUCGUUGGUCAACAGCAUGAGUUUGAUGCUGGAGGAAUUCUACUCGACGUUGGACGUUGUUGGGUGCUCAGCAUACACGGGUGCCGGAUUUGACGAGUUCUUGGACGCUGUUGACUCCAAAGUUGAGGAAUAUAAUGACUACUAUCAAAAGGAAAGAGAACGGAUAAUUAAGGAGAAAGAGGAGAAGGAGAAGGAGGCCAAGCAAAAACAGUUGAGCCAUCUGAUGAAGGAUCUUGGGCUUGGCAAAAAGGAGCCUGUUGACACUUUGUCGGAUGCAGAAGAUGAGGACGACGGGUACGAACACGGACUGGUGGAGCCAGAUAUCAACGAGCCCCAAAGAGAGUACACUUUUGCCGAGGACAGAAACGGCGAGAUCGACGAGAACAACAAACAGGUCCAGGAGGUGUACCAGAAGGCGUUCGAGAAGAACUCGAAGGUUGCCAAGAGCGAUGUUGCCGAAACCAUAGCAAACUACAUCAGACAGCAGCGUUGA